AGUGAGCGAGCUUGUAUGUUUGAUUCUGUUAUGUGUGGUUUCAGGCCUUGCCUAUAUGAAAUUGAUAUUUCUCACCUCUUAUCUUUGGAUGGAGAGAUCACCAAAAAAUUGUGUCUGUCACUUGCUAGUAUCAGCGGAAACUUCCUCAACGAAACUCACUUGAAAUUUAUGUAUAGUGAUCCUAGGCAUUGCCUUUACGUGCUCAUCGAUCCGAUUGAGCUAUGGACGGGACUUGGUAGCCCAACCAUAUACUGUGCUAUUCAGGUAUAUCUUGAGGGGGCAAUACCUGAUCUUCCUAGUCUAGAAGAUGAUAAUAUGGGGAAUGCAAUAAGCAAAACAUUUGCAUAUUAUCCUGAGCUGAAAUCUAAGUCCCUUGCGGGUGCUCGGAUCGUGCAUUUGUUUCAGAUACCUGAUGCAUCACAGGAUGGGUAUGGUUCAACAUCAUUGGACAUGUUGACAAGGUGAAACUUCCUUAAUGGAUAUUUAUUCAUUUGUGGCUUUCACUUUCAAUCCAAAACAUAAAUUAUUGUUGUAUAUUUGUUUGUUAGCAGAUUUUAUGACGGAAAAACAAUUGUAAAUGCCGUACAAGAGGGUCCACUCGUCAAUCUUCAAAAGAAAUGGGCAAAGUUGCAUUACAUAGGUGUCUACAGUGACCUGACUGUUAAUGCUGUUUCCCGCAGGGAGGGAUAUGGUUUCCUUGUAUUCUUUGUUGGAAAGCUUAUGAAAUCUGGAGCUAAGGAUCCGUUUGAUGAUGUGCAAGCGUGUGUGAUGUUUAAACUGUUGCGUGAUUAUGAAUUGGAGAUCUCUGGAGCUGAUAAGAGAUGCUCAGUCAUUGCACUUGCUGAACAAUUCCGCUCAAUAUUCGUAAGAAAUCUGUCUUCGCAGUUGAGGAAUUUGGAUCAUGUGUUCACACUGAGGAUACUCAAAAGCAUUUCUAGCAUGAUCCAACCAAAGGAGCUGCAUCAUGCGAUGAAAUUAUGGAAGGGACUCGACCACAAAAGAGUUGAAGAUUUUAUUAAGUUUCCAGGGAUACUAGGGAAACUUGAACUGAUCACACACUUGGUGCAAGACCUUGCUGAGGGUUAUUUUACUGGGAAACUGCCAAUUGAAUUGUCGGAUGAUGAAGAAACGGUUCUGCUCGUCAAUGUGCUGCAGCAGCAGCCUCCCUUUAUUGGGGACAAUGAUGCAAGGUCCAAGCUAAGAUACAUUUUUGAGAAGGCUAUUGAGUUGUACAACACUUUAUCGCCAGAGGUGGUGGAUAAUCAAAAUGGAAACAAAAGACAGAAAACUUAGGUGUACAUCUUUGCAUGGAAAUAUCCUCCUCUCCAGUUUAAUAUAUAGCGAUACUUUCUUCUCAAAUAUAUAUGCAAAGUUGGUAUUUUUAGAACCUCGUUCUUACAGCACUAUGCACAAUGCAAUAUGUGUGACUAUUUUGCAAAUCACAUGCGUUAGUGCAUAUACUUGGUUUUGUAAAAGCUGCGGGGCAUCAAACGAACCUUAAGCUUUCCUGCAGUAAAAGAGAAAAAUUCACUACUGCUCAAGAUGAAAACUUUUAUCAUCAUUGUCAGUCAUUAUGUCAUAGAUUUACAAUUGACAAAAGAAUUUAAGUGACUGUCCUUCGCUA